AUGGUAGAACGUACCGAGACCCCACCAAGUCCCUCCUCAACUGUUCCUUUCCCUCGCGACCAAGAUUUUGUUGAUCGCCGAACGCUGCUUGAUCAGAUCCACCAAAAAUGCUCUAUACCGGCGUCCAGAACAGCGCUUGUCGGCUUAGGCGGCGCUGGAAAAUCGCAACUUGCCAUCGAAUACUCCUAUCAGAUCCGAGACCAGUCACCCGAAACUUGGGUUUUCUGGGUACAUGCGAGUAACGCAGCCCGUUUCGAGCAGAGCUUUCAGGAGAUCGCCGAUCGAGUGAAGAUACCAGAAUGGAGAAGCCCCAAGGCCGACAUGUUUAAGCUCGUUCACGACUGGUUAUGUGAUGAGAAGAAGGGCAAGUGGUUUCUCAUCCUCGACAAUGUCGACGAUGCUCGUUUCCUUGUGGAAGCUUCAGUCACAAGCCAGGAGACGCAGGUAGGUGGCUCGGGGAGCAAGUUCACACGAUCACUCUGGACGAAUGUGCCUUUGAGCCAGAAUGGAUCGAUCCUUAUCACAACUCGGACGAGAAGCGCGGCAUUAAAGCUGGUAGAAGAGAGUGAUAUGGUUGCAGUGGAACCGAUGGAUGAGAGACACGCGGUAGCGCUCUUUGACAAGAAACUCAGAAUACCGAGUGAUCAAAAAGACAUUACUGAGCUGGUGGCAGCACUUGAAUAUAUGCCACUUGCUAUUGUUCAAGCGGCCGCGUACAUCUCCCAACGAGCACCACGAUGUACAGUACUCCAGUACAUGGAGAAAUUUUACACGAGCGAUCAGAGGAAGACGAGUCUCUUGAAUUACGAAGCCGGACAUCUCCGCAGAGAUCGGGACGCUAAAAACUCCAUCAUCAUCACUUGGCAGAUAUCUUUCGACCAUAUUUAUGAGACACAGCGAACUGCUGCUGAUUUGCUAUCACUCAUGAGCUUUUUUGACCGGCAGGGGAUCCCUGAGGCCCUUUUACGGGAUCAAGCCGGACGUAAAAAUGGAAGAGAAAGUGAAGAUGGAAGGGAAAGUGAAAACAGGAAAGCAGAGGGUGGAGAUGGUAGAGAAAGUGAUGAUGAAGACACCGCGUCGGACUGGAGUGGUGAUGAGAAGUUCGAAGACGACAUAUUAAUUCUGAGGAACUACUCCUUCAUUUCUGUCAACGUGAAUGGGACCAUGUUCGAGAUGCACCGGCUAGUGCAGCUUGCUACGCGGAAGUGGCUUGAAGCUCACGAGCAACUUGAGAUGUGGAAGCAGCAGUAUAUCAAGAACCUUUGCUCAGAAUAUCCGCGGACAGGAGAAUACAAAAAUUGGGUGAAGUGUCAAGCGCUCUUUCCACACGCAAGGACAUUAUUAGCACAGCAGCCAGAGAGUAACAGGUCGCUGAGAGAAUGGGCUUCGAUAUUACACACAGCAGCAUGGUAUGCUUUGGGAAAAGGAAAUCUUUCUGAUGCAGAGAAGAUGUCGAAAAGGGCGAUGAAAAUCAGAAAUGAAAUAUUUGGUCAAGAACAUGAGGAUACGUUAGACAGUAUGGGGUUAGUGGCAACAGUAUAUACUGAAGGGGGAAGAUGGAUAGAGGGGGAGGAGCUAAAUAUGCAAGUAGUAAAGAUGAGUCAGAGGGUACUAGGACAGGAACACCCAGAUACGCUGAUAAGUAUGAAUAAUCUAGCGUCAACGUACUGGAAUCAAGGACGGUGGAAGGAGGCGGAGGAGCUGGAUGUGCAGGUAAUAGAGAUAAGGAAGAGGGUGCUGGGACAGGAACACCCAGAUACGCUGAUGAGCAUAAGUAAUCUAGCGUCAACGUACUGGAAUCAAGGACGGUGGAAGGAGGCGGAGGAGCUGGAUGUGCAGGUAAUAGAGAUAAGGAAGAGGGUGCUGGGACAGGAACACCCAGAUACGCUGAUAAGUAUGAAUAAUCUAGCGUCAACGUACUGGAAUCAAGGACGGUGGAAGGAGGCGGAGGAGCUGGAGGUGCAGGUAAUAGAGAUGAGGAAGAGGGUGCUGGGACAGGAACACCCAGACACGCUGAUGAGCAUGAAUAACCUUGCCUGUACCUGGAAGGACCAAGGUCUACAGAAAGAGGCUCUAGCCUUAAUGGAAGAUUGUUUCCAGCGGCGGAGUCGGAUACUAGGCCCCAAACAUCCCUAUACUUUGGAUUCUCUUACCUUUUUGAACGAGUGGAAGGUGGAGGAGUAG